GUUUGCGACAGUUUGGAUUAAUUUACGACCUCUCCUGGUAAUUGCACUGGAGAGGGUAAACAAGCAAACUCGGCGUGACUUUUUGGUCCAAAAGUCAGACUAUCACUGAGCGAGAAGUAACAAUGCUCCUCCACAAUCGAGCCGUGUUUGCUCUGGGUCUUCGCAUGUGCUCUACUCAUGUGAGGAGAGGACCUUUAAGAGACACAACAAGACCAAGCUCAGACAUGUCUGAAUUUCGUGAGCUCUUUUCCAAAGCGAAGCACAUUGCCAUCAUCACAGGGGCAGGUGUGAGUGCAGAGAGCGGAGUCCCAACCUUCAGGGGAGAACAUGAGAAGUGGAGGAAAUGGCAAUCUCAGGACCUCGCAACCCCAGAGGCCUUCUCCCGCAACCCCGCCCGGGUCUGGGAGUUCUACCAUUACAGGAGGCAGCUGGCUUUGAACAAGAAGCCCAAUGCUGCACAUCUGGCUAUAGCAGAGUGUGAGGCUCGGCUAAGGAAGCAGGGACGCUCUGUGGUCGUCAUCACCCAGUGCAUUGAUGACCUGCACCAUCAAGCUGGCUCCAAGCAUGUGCUUAAAGUUCAUGGCAGUCUGAUGGAGACGCGCUGUGUGAGUUGUGGGCACGUGAUCGUGAACAAGCGGAGCCCCAUAUGCUAUGCCCUGAAGGACAAAGGAGCACCUGGCCCAGAUGUUGCUGAUGCACAGAUUCCAGUGGAUAAACUGCCAAGGUGUGACGAAAGUGACUGCCAUGGUCUGCUGAGGCCGAACGUGGUGUUUUUUGGAGAAACUCUGGACUCUCACAUCCUGACCAAGGUGGAAAAAGAGAUGGAUGGAUGUGAUCUCUGUCUGGUGGUGGGGACAUCCUCCAUCGUUUACCCAGCAGCCAUGUUUGGGCCUCAGAUUGCAUCCAGAGGAGUUCCUGUGGCGGAGUUUAACACAAGCACAACACCCAAAUCUGAAUACUUUACGCAUCAUUUCCAGGGUCCAUGUGGAACUACACUGCCUCCAGCUUUGGCGCGACAUGAGUCAGAGGUUAUUUAAGAGGGUGCAAUCUUUACAGACAACCAGAGGCUUCAUCUACAGACUAAGCAAUACAAGCCUGGGGACAGGAAUCAUAACAUUCAUUUAUACUUUAUUCAUUCCAAAUAUUUGCCUUAAAUUACUUUUGCUGUAGAGAAAGACAUAUAGAAUAAAGAUUUUUAAGACUUCUACUUGAACAUACAUUUUACUAAACUGGAAUUGGGAUGUGGUGUGUAUUUGCUGCCUGGAUAAAGGCAGAAACUAUGCAGGGUUCUCUAAAAAGGGAAUGCACUAUGGAUGUAUGCAGGUGUUUGCAUAGGAUGAUCAGAUGGUACUGUUAUUCUUUACAUAUCUUGCAUAUGAGAUGCCGGUGACGGAUCGCUUUAUUUAGAUGCUGUAGAUCAGAAUGUUUUUUUUUUUCUUGGCACAAAUGCAAAGCGUUUCUCUUUUUUUCUCGCCUCAGAAUGAACAGAUGUACAGAGCAUAACAUAAUCUUGUGCCUUCAGAACUGUUUACACAACCUCGACCAAAUGCUUGCUUCAAACCUCAAGUGCAAAUCGACCAAUGUUACAGAGAUUAAGUCAAGUGCGAACACUUUUCCUUUGACCAAGGAUGGAGAAAGUAGAGUGGGAAAUGUUGUGUUUUGACUGUUUUAUUACAAACAUAACUAGAGUUACAUGUCAUGGAUUAUUCAUGAUGCAUUUUUAUAAACUAUAAACUGUCCGAUUUCUUACAAUAUGUGUUUAAGUACUGUUGAAAAAUAUCUAAAAAUAGAAGACAUUUUAUUUUUACCAAACUAGUUCUUGUGCCCAACAACAUCCUGCAUAAUUUAAGAUGUAUUCUAAUAAAACUACCAAUUCUGUUAUACUGAAAGUAAUAAAACACUAAAUAUUCA